AUGAAACAAGAUAAAAGCCAUGCCAAUCAGCUUUUAAGCGCAAAAGGUGCUUUUUCUUCUCUCUCAAGCAGCGCUAUUCCAAGAAAUAACGAAUCAAAGCUAAAUAUUAUUACUCACUCCCCCCCUUUAAAUUGGAACAAAAAAUUUUGUUCCAAUUUAAAGGGGGCUAAGAAAAUUUUUUUUAUAAAAAAAAAAUCAAUAUAAAAUUUUUUAUAAAAAAAAAAAUUAUUUAAAUUUAAAAUGCUAUUACUCUUAUCCUUACAAAACAAAGCAAGAUAUAGCUAAAUUUUCAUUAUUAGUUAAUACGCCACUAUUAAUUGGUAUCAAAAAUAUUUUACACAAAAAAUUAUUAUUUUUAUUGAUAAAAAAAAAUUUAAAAAAAAAUUUUUAGAAAAUUUAUCUCUCAAAGUGUUAAUUUUGUUUAAAUAAGUUGUUAUUUAUACUCUAUUCUUUAAAAUAAAGUAAGAAAUAAUUAAAUUUUCAAUUUUUGUAAAAAAUUCGCAUUGAAUUUAUAUCAAAAUUAUUUAAAUAACAAAUAUUAUUUUUUCCUCUAAAAAUUAAAAAAAAAAAAUUAAACUUUGUUAAAAAAUUUAGCAACUAAGGAUAAUAAAUUUAUUUAAUAAGAUGCUCUUUAUACUCUAUUCUUUAAACAAGAGCAAGAUAUAACUAAAUUUUUUAAUUUUAGUUAGAAGAAGUAUUUGACUCACAUCAAAAUUUUUUACAUAAAAAUUAUGAUUUUUUUCUCUACAAUUUUUUAUUAUAAAAUUAAAUUUUUUCCGAUUUAAGGGGGGUUAAUUUGCCAAAAAAGUGGAAAUUUUACCUACAUUUUGUUCCAAUUUAAAGGGGGGACUCAGCACCUCCGUUCAAGUUCAUCAAAAGCUAAUUCUCGUUCUCCAUCUCGAAGCGCUACUAAAACAAGUAGCCCAGUCCCUAAAAAACCUUUAAAAUCAGACUCAACCUCCUCCCCAAAAAUUUUGUCAAAAACACAAAGCAUUAACUCUAAACCUUCUACUGAAAAGAAACCCGUCCUUUCAGACUCAUUUUCCUCAACUCACACCAAAAAAGUUAAAACAAAUGAAAAUCGCAGGAGCGAAAUUUCGCCGAACCAAAGAAGCUUAUCAUCACAAGCGACAAAAGAAAAAAUAAAAAUCGUAAACUAAAAUUAGGAAACAGAUUUUAAACAAGCUGAGCAAGGAUAUAAAAAUGAAAUCAAAAAGCUAAAGGCUGAGCUUGAGAAAGCAAAAAAGACUAUAGAGCAGCUACGAAAUAAUUCACGAAAUCUUUUGACUGAAAAAGAAAAGCUUCUGCUUGAUAUGGAUAAGGAGUUUAACGCUUCAGAACAGCUUAAAAAUCAGUGUAAACAGCUUGUAACUGUUUUAGUAGAAGUUGUAGGAGUUUUCGCAGGGAAUCGAGCUGACUGGAUUUAUGAAGGGGAUAUGAGGGAUAUGGAAAAAUCUUGUAUUUUGGAUAGGAUAUAGCCUGAUCCCUGCUUUGGAUUGGGCUUGUCAAUUGUCUCCGACGUCAGAUGGGAAUUUGACAAACCAAAAUUUUUGGCAAUUCUGCUCCCCAGAUGAAAGUCUCUUGUUAUUGGAGAUUACUUUGCAAAAAAUUUUGGUUUCUCAGCUCCCCAUCUGGCAUCGGGUGACAUCAGAAAAGCCAGAUCCAAAGUAGAGAUCAGGUGAUAAGGAAAAUCUUAACCAACAAAUUAGAAGUCCUAGAUAAGUCAGGGCUAGAUCUAGCUGAAGAAAUAGUCCAGGUAAAGGCCUGAACGUCCAGCCUAGACGAUCGAAUUGUACAAAGCACAGCAAAAAUGUUCGAAUACGCCCAGUCCGACUCAGAAGAAGACCAAGGCAGUGAAGAUAGUCUAAAGCUAUCCUUACCUAAAGAAGAAGAGCUCAACCAAGAUUUACUUCCUAACAAAAUUGACUUCGAAAACAAUUUCCAUGCCCCAAAAAGCGAUUUCGAAAGCGGUUUUCAUGCCCCAAAAAGCGAUUUCGAAAGCGGUUUGCAUCCUCUUAACCCCCUGCGUGACAUUAUUAAAUCUUCUUUUGAAGAAAAACCCCUAAUAGGAAUCGCUCUUUACGAUUUUGAAGGUGAGCUUGACGAAGACCUACAGUUCCAAAAAGGAGACAUAAUUGAAAUCCUAGAACAAAAUGAAACUGGCUGGUGGAUCGGGAGAAAUGACUCUAGGACUGGAAGUUUUCCAUACAAUUUUGUACAACUUAAUUUAUCCUAA